UUUACUAUUGUAAAAGUUUUUAUCUGAUUGUACCACGGAAUCUAUUAUUUUAUAUACAAAUCAAAGUUUACACAAAAUAUUGAAAUGGAGCAAUCAUCAAAUGAAAACGUGUUACUUAAGCGAAUAGUAAGCUUCUGUUACAGUAUGGUCAGAAAGUGAGACGCGCCUUCUGUUCGACAAAUACGCCAGCUACUGUCCUGAAAUUGGCCCGAUGAAAAACCUUCGCAACAAAAAAGAAAUGUGGGAAAAGAUUUCUAAAGAAAUAAAAGGCAAAACUGCGAAACAAUGCGAAGAGAGAUACAAAACUGUUCUGAAAAGAAAAAAAACUGUGCCGGAAAAUAGCCAUACAUCAGGGGUGAAGAUACAAAGGGUGGACUACGAAAAUGAUCCCGAAGAUACUAGUGCUUUUGACGACUUCAUUGAACCGGAGGUGCAUUUGAGUAGUCAGGAGGUGGGGAUGAAAAAUGUAAAUGUAGAGGAGACGCUCUUCAAAAUAGCUCAAAGAAAAAAAGAAUCGAGCGAGUGGAGGCAUCGGGAGAGGAUGGAGUCGCUCAAUAACUUUCAACAGCUUCUCUCGAAUUCGUUGCAAAGGAAGGAAGUGGAGAAAAAGACUACGCUGCAGGACACUCUGUUAGAAAUAGCCCAAAUAAAAGAAGAAGGAAAGGAGCGGCGACAUAGAGAAAAGAUGGAGUUACUCAAUAGCAUUCAGCAGAUUCUCUCGAAUUUGUUGCAAGCUAAUGUACCCGUAGAUAAAUCAGAGACUUCAAGUAGCUUACUGUUUUUUAAAGAAGAAUGGUGAAAUGUAUUAGAUUAAUAUAUGAAUUAUUUUAAAAUUCAAUUCAAAGUUAUUUAGUCUAUGACUACAAUACUACCAGCUAGAUUAGAUAAGAGCAAUGAUAAAUUUAUAAGAAGUGCGAAGUAAUUAACGAUAAACAAAUAUAUACAUAAAUAUCGACAACAAAAACAAUAUUUAAACACUUUGAGAUUCUGUAAGAGUUCGAAAAAACGAAUUGAAGUAGUAACAGAUAGCUUAAAAAAGUACUCAAGUGGAAUAGCAAAGAUGAACGUAGAGAUAUGUAAGUCACAAUAAAGGGUAUCUGGGCAAUCCGAAAAACCAGCAAGGAGAUUAAGAAAUACAUUUUUGAAAAAAAUCAAUUAAUGUGCUGAAUUCUUAAAAAUCAGUAAUAAUUUUUAAUUAUCGUUUUAUCCGGUCUAACCGUAUUAGUCAAUUUUCCACUUCGGCGGACAUACAUAUAAAAAAACGAAACUAGAUAUAUAGCAUUUAAGAAUUUAUUAGGAGUAAGAUAAAUAAUUCAAUUUAAUGUAAAGUAGUAGAUUUUAGUGCACUGCGCAAAUGAGGAGCACUUAUAUUUGGCAAAAAAAAAAUCAGUAAGAUCACGAAUCAUGACGAAGAAAGUGGAAAUUUAAUUAUAAAGAUUGCUUACUUUUUAUUUAAUAUCUUUAUUUAUCUCUUGUGCAGGAAAGAAUCGGGAAUAUUUUCCACAAAUCUUUUUAUUCGAGGGCAUAAACUCCUUCCAAGGAUUUAAAGUUGUAUUUCUGUUAUUUUGUAACGAUGAAAAAUUUUUUUGCACAGCCGUUUUUAAGACUUUUAGUCGUUGUGCAUCUACAAAUUGGGAGUUAGAAUUAUGAAAUUUCAUUCUAUUACAAUGAAUGUAAAAUAGUCAGAUAUAUG